AUGGCAGCUUCGAGUCCGCUAAAACUAGACCUCGUCACCCCGGAGGAUAGUUCCACCCUCAUGGGCCUUUGGUUCGCGGCAUUUUCAGACCCCGGUUCCAGACGCCUGUUUCCUAAUACCCCCGGUGUGCGAAGGUGGCUGGAAGAUGCCAUCUACCUUGAUUUACUUCGAAGACCAUUCCAGCGCUAUCUCAAAGUUGUUGACCCUGAAUCGAAAGGCGCCAACGGCCAACCGCGAGUAGCCGCCUACGCAAAAUGGGACUUGUCCACGCCCGAAGAACGUGGGCCACGCUAUCCGCCGUGGCAUGACGAUAUGCCCAGGGAGCUUUGCGAGGCUUUCGUGAGUAGAGGUGAGAACAAUAGAAAGCGUGUCAUGGGUAACCAAAAGCAUAUCUUUGAACUAACCCGUGCACGAGUUGAAGUUUUGGACAUCGUCGCUACGCAUCCAGAUUAUCAACGGCAAGGGGCUGCUUCUAUGCUUGUCAAAUGGGGAUGUGAUCUGGCCGACGCCGGAGGAGUUGACAUGUACGUGAGCGCCAGUAAGGAUGGUGCUUCCUUGUACGCAAAGUUUGAUUUCAUUGAUCAUAGUAAUGCCGGACAAGGUACUACCUCGAUGGUUCGGCGAGGGCGAGGGCGGCCUUGA